AUAUUUAUUUUUAUUUCUAUCGACAAUUUUUCAGCUACAGCCCUCUUUGAUUGAAUUAUGUUACAUUAAAGAAACAUGCUUUUGUUGGUUGAAAGAUAGACGGCAACAGGGCGUCAUGAAAUUUGUACAAUCCUUAUCAAAUACAUGUCAACCAGCUCCGUGUCUUUGACCGAAAUCUCAAAAUGACAGCAAAGGAGUUGACAGUGAAAUGGAGUGGGCAAGAAUAUAAAAUAACAGACUUAGACGACAGUGAUACUGUUGCUGAUUUGAAAAAUGCUAUUAGCAAAGCUACUGGUGUACUACCAGAGAGACAGAAACUAUUGGGUCUCAAGUAUAAGGGUAGUGUGCCAGGCGAUGAUGUACAAUUGUCCUCCCUGAAGUUAAAACCAAACACAAAAAUUAUGAUGAUGGGCACAAGGGAAGAAUCUCUGGUGGAUGUUUUGGAACCUCCUGAAGACAUACCAAAUGUGGUCAAUGACUUUGAUGUAGGAGAAGAAGAGGAAAUUGAAGUCAAAGACAGGGAAGAAUACCUGAACAAGGUUGAGAAGCGUAUUAAAUCUUACAAAGUUGAGGUCAUAAAUGAACCAAGAGAAGGGAAAAAGUUGCUGGUGCUGGAUGUGGACUACACACUUUUUGACCAUAGAUCUGUUGGGGAAACGGGCCGAGAUCUCAUGAGACCAUUCCUUCAUGAAUUUUUAGCCUCUGCAUAUGAGGAUUAUGAUAUUGUAAUAUGGUCUGCCACAAGUAUGAAAUGGAUUGAGGCUAAAAUGCAGGAGCUUGGGUGCAAAUCCAAUCCUAAUUAUAAGAUUUGUUUUAUGUUAGACAGUACUGCCAUGAUUACAGUUCAUACACCAAAAUAUGGGGUAAUAGAUGUGAAACCACUAGGUGUGAUAUGGGGAAAGUAUCCUCAGUGGAGUGUGAAAAAUACAAUCAUGAUGGAUGAUAUACGCAGAAACUUUAUAAUGAAUCCUCAGUCUGGCCUAAAGAUAAGGCCUUUCAAACAAGCAUUUGUCAACAGGGAAACAGACAAAGAAUUACUGAGGUUGUCAAAGUAUCUAAAAGAUAUUGCACAGUUAGACAGUUUUGAAGUUUUAAAUCACAGACACUGGGAAAAGUACAAGCCACCAAAAUACAGCAGCUGAAGCACACCAGCCAUCUUCCCUGUGUCAUGCCUUUGAAAAUUGGAUGUUCCACAAACCACUGGAUAAUCCAGACCUCAAGAUCUCAACUGUCAUGAUCAUGCAGAGUUAUUUUUUAAGAAAUUAACCCACCAAUUCUAGAUAAACAAAUUCUAUACAUUUAGAAAGCUGUAUGAUUGGCUACCCAGAUAAGGCAGUGAAAUUUAUACUCCUGUCAGUUAGGUUUUAACACACAACAUGUUAGAAAAUACAAUAAGUUGCCAAGCCCAAAAGGAGCUUCUUUUUGCUAUUUCACAAGGAGCACAUCUUACAGUGUCUGAUUGUUAUUCCUGUGAACUAAAAGAAAAUAACAUGUUUAGAACAAUGCAUUUUUUUUUUUGGCAUAUGUGCAUUUGAAAUCAAAGUUUAAAAUACCUCUUUUAAGUUACAAAAUAUUGCAGGUUUAAAUGCAUGUAACACUAAUGGGCUUGACUUGGUCUUAAAGUGCUAUUUAAGAUCACAAAUAGUUUUACAUGAUCUGAAACCAUGAGUAAGACCAUUUUUGGACUUACAACCAAUCAAGUUGCCUCCCCUUACACAUUCUCCUAUUGUGAGCAGGUGUCCUCUAAUAUUGUGAGGGGAGGUAUCCCCCAUUGUGAGGAGAGGAAACUGCUUGGCCACUUAAGUAGAUUUUAGAUCAUUUUUAAUUUAAAAGCAGAUUCAGUCCAUUUUAAGACUACUGCUGUAAUGAUUAAGAUCGUGUAAGUUCAUUUGUGAUCUUAAAUUGCAAUUUAAGACCAAUUGAAAAAAAAAUUCCACAUAGCUUCUUCUCAUGGAUGCUAAAAAAUUAGUCAAAAUUUAAAAAAAUGUUUGCUUUGUAGGGAACUUAAUUGUAAUCUAAAUGGUUUAUUUAUUUAUUUAUUUAUUUAUUUGUUAUUUUUGGUUCCUGCUGGUAGCUAGUAUAUCCAAUGCAAAUGAGAUAUUGAAAUAAAAUGUUUGUUGAUUGCUCAUGAAAUAAUAAUAGCAUUAAGUUACAUCUAAUCACUGUAUUAAAAUAUUAAAAUCUCAGACACAAAAAGGGAAAAACUUUUGAGAAAAUACAACAAGGCUCAUUUUCCAUCUGAUUCUUGUUUAUUACUUUAAAUGAUUCCAAAUGAUUUGCAAAACAAUAUUUUGUUUUUCUUCAGAUGUUGAGAUGCCAAGUCUGCAAAACAAAUAAAUCUGCAAAAACAUGCAACGAAAAAUGGCAUAAUGAUCGAUUCAAAUAAACCAAUCCCAUUUUUGAAAUUGAACCGUUUUUCUCCAUCAGAUGAUAUUAGCAAGUUCAAGCCAGUCAGAGCUCCCAUUUUCAAGUGUUUUCAAUAAACAAUAAACAAUAAACAUUUCAAUAAACAGUUGGUGAACAGUUUUUGAUAUUUAUUUUGCUUUUGAGAUCUUCAAUCAUUCAUUUACAGGUCAACUGCUAGGCUAUUACCAGAUGAAAGGAAUGCUUGUCCCAAGUUUUAACUACCACAUUAUUGCACAAAAUUUUUUUUUUUUUUUAAUGAAAUUUUCAUUUUUUCACUUUGGCAUGUUUAAUGUGUUAUCACUAACACACACUUACAUUAUCUUGAUGUCCAUGUUGCCUAUGGAACUUUAUUAAAAUUUGGUGGUGAUUAUGCCAUUACGUAAACAUCAUAAUUUUGCAUCAAAUUUGACCAAAACUAUAUUGUGUGCAAGCAUCAUUAUUGUUUGUGUCUAUACAUUUGGCAGCUUUUUUGCCUUGUUUAUAACUUCAACUAUCUAGAUCUCCUAUUUGACAAGAAUGUCUUACUUGUGUUAAUUUCCCUCUUGUAGAAAUACUCUUCAAUUCAAAUUGUUACUGUUUUAACAGAUAAAUAUAUAUCAGGAUUACGUCUUCCCAGUUUCCCUUCAGAUGUUUUUUUCCUUAGUUAAUAAUAAGAAAUUAUAUUUUCAAAUUUAACUUUUCCUUCCUUCAAAGCAAGGAAGCUAAAGUAGGUGGUGCAAUCACUAAAUAAUUAGGUGUGAUUAUAUCAAAACAGAUAAUGCUGAACUUUAUUAAAAAGGUUACCCCAAAACAUACUAUGUGUGUCAUUUACACAUGCAUGAAAUCAUGUUUUCAAAUUUGAAAAGUAUUUAAGCUAACUUUAAAAAUAAUUUACCAUACAGAUCAAAAUAUUUUAAGAGAAAAAUACAUUGAGCUUUACAUAACAGUCAGGGUUCAUACAGCCCUGCACCUUGAAUCCAGUUUGUGGCAUUGAAAAGUACUUGAAAGUGCUUAUUAUCCUUGAAAAGGACUUUACUCCAUUUUUAACCAUGAAAAAGUACUCAUAUUUGUUCAAGAAAUUUGUUAAAGAAAUUUUCAAACUUUUUGGGGAUCUUCUUGUUCUUAACAUGCAUGUAGAAAAUAAUUUGCAGGUCAGAAUACCCCUUUUGGGCAUCAUUUGAUUUUAUUAUUUUCAUGUUUCAUCAUUAAUGUGUUAAAAUACAGUAUCUAUGAAAUCUUACUUGCCUUUUUUCUUUGGUAUGUAGACUAACAUAUGACAGUACUUUACCCUCAUUUGCAUUCAAUGGUCCUUGAAAAGUACUUCAAUAAAUGCAUCAAAUUUAUUUCCUUGAAGUCCUUCCAUUUGUUCUCAGUUGUUCCUGUAUGAACCCUGACAGUUUUAAUGCCAAUAUUAACUUCCAAUAAAAAUCACAUGUCAAAAGAUACAUGCUUCCUUAAGUGGCACCGACAAUUCAAAAAUUUCAUCUAGCGGGACUGAAUUUUUUUUUUUUUUUUUUAACAAACACUUCGUUGAGAGUUGAUAAACAUGCAAUAUCGUGGGCAAUUGUGACACCCAUCAUGGGUCCAACUUGAAAGAAGGAAGUAUUUGUCAGGGUCACUACUCCCACCUGCUUUCAUCUUCAACAGCAGAAUCAAAAAGAUAACAGCUAGGGGACAAUAUUUACCCCACUCCCCUUCCACUAUUUGACAAUCUGGUCUCUUGCCUAGUGAAACUAGAAUUACUUUUGUCUCAUUCAAUCAACUUUCUAUUCUGUAAUGUGACCACAUCAAGCUCUGAUUGAUAAUAGUGAAAAUGUUGGAAGUCGUUGUAAACGUUUUAAAAUCUGCAACUAAGAUUUCAUUAGAAAAUCCUGUUAAGCUCAAUUAAUUGUAACUACAUCUUCAGUUAGGAAGCAGGUCCCUAGGUAGUGAGAGUUUGUAUUUUGAUAUCAGAACAGCAAAUACUACUCACCUGUGUUAACUUGUACAGAAAGUGCUACUUUCACCUAAUGCUAAUGAACAAAAUGUUACAAGCAUUCUUCUGUUGUCAUACCAACCUAGUCAAUUACAAACCAGGACCUUUCAUCAGUACAGAAAUCUUGUCCAAGCUAUUACAAACUAUGACCUCAAACACCUCUUACCAACUUCAGGGGAAAACAUUUCAAAUAAAUUCUUUAAAGUUCUGUAGAAAAUUGCAUCUCCCAGCAUGUUGUAGUAUUUUAAACAAAUGUUUCAAUGCAGUAUCUGCUACUGAUCUGAAAUUAGUCCUUGCCAAAAAAACUUUAUAUAAUAAUAAUAAUAAUAAUAAUAAUAAUAAUAUUGAUGCUCCAUUUUUAACAUAGAAGUGAAUAAAAACACUGCUUGUCACAUAUCUCAAACAUUUUAAAUACACUGCACUUGGACAACAUUUAUGACAUUUUUAUUCAGCAUAAGCUAUAUUGCACUUAGAAGGUACCACUGUAUGUCAGAAUGAGUUGCUAUUUGAAAUAACAACAAUAAAUGUUUUUUACUGAUAUAAUUACAAAUACAUGAUAAAAGGAAGCAUCUGAUGGUUAAAUGGCAUUAUAACAGGGAAGCAAUUUUUAAAGCUGUGUUGGCUGAACUUAAUUGCCAUCUUUAAAUACACUAAGAAAAUACCAAAAAAAAAA